UCGGCAUGUCGCAACCGGAUCGCCGGAGGCCCUGACCCGAAGCGUCCGGAAAGACAGCGCUCGAAGCAAGGCAUUCCCUUUCCCUGACAAGAUGGGAUUCCGCUUCGCCCGCCUCGCCGCCCGCGCCGCGGCCUCUCGCCGGGGCAUGACCCCAGCAGCCUCCGCCCGCCGCGCGCUCGCCCCACCCGCCUUGCCGGCGGAGUCACGCUGCGGGCCCCACUGGCUCGUCCCCGCCCGCGGCCACGUGGGCCACUCGCACCACCACGGCGGGGAGGACGGGGGCGAGACGUCCGAGAGGAUCUUCCGGCUGGGACUCGCCGCUGACGUCGUACUCACCGUGGGGAAGGCCGUCACAGGAUAUCUCUCCGGCAGCACCGCCAUCGCUGCCGACGCCGCCCACUCCCUCUCGGACAUUGUGCUUAGCGGGGUGGCUCUGCUGUCGUACAGGGCGGCCAAGGCUCCCAGAGACAAGGAACAUCCCUAUGGGCAUGGAAAGUUCGAAAGUUUAGGAGCUCUUGGGAUUUCAAGUAUGCUGUUGGUUACUUCAGGUGGGAUUGCAUGGCAUGCUUUUGAAGUUCUUCAGGGAGUUAUGUCUUCUGCUCCUGAUAUAAUUGGCAACACAUUGCAUGCCCACCACGACCAUGGUAGCAGUGGGCAUCAUCAUGGAAUAGAUUUGGAACAUCCAGUUCUUGCAUUGAGCAUGACAACUUUAGCAAUAUCUAUCAAAGAAGGGCUCUACUGGAUCACAAAAAGAGCUGGGGAAAAGGAAGGCAGUGGGCUGAUGAAAGCUAAUGCAUGGCACCAUCGUGCAGAUGCUAUUUCAUCUGUUGUUGCCCUAGUAGGGGUAGGUGGUUCCAUUCUUGGGUUGCCUCUUCUUGAUCCACUAGCUGGACUUGUUGUCUCUGGCAUGAUUCUGAAAGCUGGUAUUCAGACUGGAUAUGAGAGUGUGAUGGAAUUGGUUGACGCUGCUGUGGAUCCUUCACUUCUAGAACCAAUCAAGGAAACUAUUUUGAGGGUUCACGGUGUGAAGGGGUGCCAUCGAUUGAGGGGAAGAAAAGCUGGGACAUCAUUAUAUCUUGAUGUACAUAUAGAGGUAUAUCCUUUUCUGAGUGUUAGCGCAGCACAUGAUAUCGGUGAAACUGUUCGUCAUCAAAUUCAAAAGGAGCACAAUCAAGUUGCUGAAGUUUUCAUACACAUAGAUCCCUCAUACUCAGUAGGCCUGAGCAUGGACCUGAAAAGGAAUAUGAAGAACUCUGAUGGAACGAAUUCAGAAGCUAUCCCACGGCAACAGAGUGCAGAAGCCAUUGUGUCUAAUAUUAUUUCAUCUCAUUUUUCGAAGAAAAUGGCGCUUGAACAUCUAAUGCUGCAUUACGUGCAAGGAAGAGUGUUGCUCCAGGUCCAAGUUUCAAUGUCUCCAGAAAUUUUGAUUCGGGAUGCAAUGGAAGUCGCAAAGCAAGCUGAAGAGGAGAUACUGAGGGCUGAUGCGAGCAUAAGCCAAGUCAGCUUACAGUUAAGAUUGGGCCAACAAAUCAAGCAACUUCAGCAAGCAUCAAGCAAGAACGUCGCUGGUCUACAUGCAGGAGAUUACUGAUGUCACGUCCUUUUGCUGGCUGCUUCAUGAGUCUACUUGGAGUUAUUCCUUUCGCUAAUCUUUCUGACAUACAUGAGCUUCAUUUGCUGCUGAGGCAGUAGGCUAGGAGAAUAGGAACCGACUGUGUUCAUUGUAAUCAGAGUGUUCGGAGAUGUGAGCAGAGUUUGUAAUAAUGCACAGAAGCAGUCUUGCUCAGAAGUGUGUACUGGGUAACAAACUGGGUGUGUCACAUACUAUCAAUGCAAACCGUAUGAACAAGUUCCUCGCU